GCUGGGCUGGCGGCGGCCGCGGCAGCGUCGGGACUCGCGGGAAGGCGCUGCCCGGGGCGGCUCAACAGUUCGCAAAGUCCGGGCUUGCGGCCUCGCUGCUCCUUCCGCGCCCCAUCGGCACAGGGGCGCGGGGUCCCCGGGCUGCAGCAUCCUGGGGCUGCCCCGGACAUGCCCCGCAUCCCCUGCCGGACUUUGGGACUAGAGCGUCCCCCCAACCUAACUUUUCACUUUGGGGUCCCCCAGCCCAAGAGGAACGGGUGGCCCGGCUGGGGGAGCCCCGGGUGUGGUGUGACGGGGCGGUCAGCUUUGCCGCGCCCCCGCUCCAGCCGUCCGUCGUCUCUGUGCCCUCCAGAAUGUAGCUGCUGUCUCCGCGCCCCCCGGACGUCAGCCGCUGUCUUCGCGUGUCCCUGACUCCAGUCGCGGUCUCCGCGAUCCCGGGACUAGAGCGGCUGUUGCCACGUCUCCGUGAUUCCAGUCGCCGUCUCCGCGAUCCCCGGACUUCAGCUGCUGUCUCCGCGUCUCCCUGCCUCCAGCCACCGACUCCACGCCCUCCGAAUUCCAGCAGCCGUCUCGGCGACCCCCUCUGUCUUCGCGCGCCCGGGACUCUCGCAGCCGUCCCCGCGACCGCCGGGGUUUGGCCAUUGUCUCCGCGACCCCCUGACCCAGACUCCAGCCGCGGUCUGCGUGCUCCCCGGGAUCCAGCUUCGCGCCGGUGCGGGCGAGUGCAGCCGCUGCCCCACCGCGUGCCCGGAGCCCGGCCCGGCCUCGGCGAGGAGAUGAACGCGCCGCUGGACGGCCUGUCGGUGAGCUCGUCCUCCACCGGCUCGCUGGGCUCGGCGGCCGGGGCGGGCGGCGGCGGCGGCGGGGGCUCGGGGCUGCGGCUGCUGUCUGCCAACGUGCGCCAGCUGCACCAGGCGCUGACCGCGCUGCUGAGCGAGGCUGAGCGGGAGCAGUUCACGCACUGCCUGAAUGCGUACCACGCGCGCCGCAACGUCUUCGACUUGGUGCGCACCCUGCGCGUCCUGCUGGACAGCCCGGUCAAGCGGCGCCUGCUUCCCAUGCUGCGCCUGGUCAUCCCGCGCUCCGACCAGUUGCUCUUCGACCAGUACACGGCGGAGGGCCUCUACCUGCCCGCCGCUGCUCCCUACCGGCAGCCCUGCUGGGGCGGCCCCGACGGCGCGGGGCCGGGAGAGGUGCGCCUGGUGAGCCUGCGGCGCGCCAAGGCGCACGAGGGCUUGGGCUUCAGCAUCCGCGGGGGCUCGGAGCACGGCGUGGGCAUCUAUGUGUCGCUGGUGGAGCCAGGCUCUCUGGCCGAGAAGGAAGGGUUGCUGGUCGGGGACCAAAUUCUGCGCGUCAACGACAAGUCCUUGGCCCGGGUGACUCACGCUGAGGCCGUCAAGGCUCUGAAGGGUUCCAAGAAGCUGGUGCUGUCCGUGUACUCAGCGGGACGCAUCCCCGGGGGCUACAUCACCAACCACAUCUACACCUGGGUGGACCCGCAGGGCCGCAGCACCUCUCCGCCUGCCGGCCUGCCCCCGUCCCGCGGCGGCUCCCUGGGGCAGCGCGAGGGCGACCGGAGGAGUGGCCUGCACCUCCUGGCAGAGGGGGAUGAGAAAAAGGUGAACCUGGUGCUGGGGGACGGCCGGUCUCUGGGCCUCACCAUCCGCGGGGGAGCUGAGUAUGGCCUGGGCAUUUAUAUCACCGGUGUGGACCCCGGCUCUGAAGCAGAGAGCAGCGGGCUCAAGGUUGGGGACCAGAUUCUGGGGGUGAAUGGGCAGAGCUUCCUGACCAUCCUGCACGACGAGGCGGUGAAGCUGCUCAAGUCAUCUCGGCACCUCAUCCUGACCGUGAAGGACGUCGGGAGGCUGCCCCACGCCCGCACCACUGUGGACGAGACCAAGUGGAUUGCCAGUUCCCGGAUUGGGGAGAUCGCCACGAAUUCGGCAGGGUUUCCUGGCGAUCUUGCAGUAGAUGGGACCAAUAAGCUCGGCUUCUACAAGGGGCUGGCCGGCUCCCAGGUGACCCUGAGCAGCCUGGGGAACCAGACCCGCGUGCUGCUGGAGGAGCAGGCGCGGCACCUGCUGAGCGAACAGGAACGUGCCACCAUGGCCUACUACCUGGACGAGUACCGCGGCGGCAGCGUCUCCGUGGAGGCCCUUGCCAUGGCCCUGUUCGAGCUACUCGACACCCACGCCAAGUUCUCUCUCCUCUCCGAGGUGAGAGGCACCAUCUCCCCACAAGACCUGGACCGCUUCGAUCACCUGGUGCUGAGGCAGGAAAUCGAGUCGAUGAAGGCGCGGCAGCCCCAGGGCCCUGGGGCCGGGGACACUUAUUCUGUGGUCUCCUACAGUGACACAGCCUCGUUCACAGGCAGCCACGGCACCUCCACCACCGUCAGCUCGGCCAGGGAGCGGCUGCUGUGGCUUAUAGACCUGAUGGAGAACACCCUGGACCUGGAGGAGACUGGUGAAGCUGUCCAGGGCAGUGUCAACACCCUCUCAGAUGUUUCCCUGGAUGAUGUCAAAUCUGUCUCCAAGGGGCUGCCCAACUUCAGGCCACCGCCUCCCCCGCCACCUCUGGCCCAAGGCCUUGCCCGGCCGCCGGCGCAGCCAAGGAAGCCAGCUAGAGAAGAUCUCCAGCCAACCUCCUCCGAGCCUUCCCAUUCAGGCAUCAUCUUCUCGGCUCUGCAGAACCACAGCCCGCCAGCGGGCACCGCACCGGCCCCAGGGGCUUCCCCAGCACAGGACUCGCCCUCCUCGCCCAUCUAUGCCUCCAUCUCCCCUGCCAACCCCAGCUCCAAGAGGCCGCUGGACACCCACCUGGCCCUGGUCAACCAGCACCCCAUCGGCCCCUUCCCGCGGGUCCAGUCGCCUCCGCACCUGAAAAGCCCUCCUGCAGAGGCCACGGUGGCCGGGGGCUGCCUUCCGCCACCCUCGCCCUCCAGCCACCCCGACCCGACAGGCACGAACCAGCACUUUGUCAUGGUGGAGGUGCACCGGCCCGACAGCGAGCCGGAUGUGAACGAAGUGAGGGCGCUGCCCCAGACGCGUGCAGCCUCCACGCUCUCCCAGCUCUCUGACAGUGGGCAGACGCUGAGCGAGGACAGUGGCGUGGACGCCGGUGAGGCCGAGGCCAGCGCCCCAGGCCGAGGCAGGCAGACAGUGUCCACCAAGAGCAGGAGUAGCAAGGAGCUGCCUCAGAAUGAGAGGACUACUGAGGGGGCCACCAAACCGCCUGGGCUUCUGGAGCCCACGUCCACCCUGGUCCGUGUGAAGAAGAGUGCGGCCACCCUGGGCAUCGCCAUCGAGGGGGGCGCCAACACCCGCCAGCCCCUGCCUAGGAUUGUCACUAUUCAGCGAGGCGGCUCAGCCCACAACUGUGGGCAGCUCAAGGUGGGCCACGUGAUCCUGGAAGUGAACGGGCUGACACUGAGGGGCAAGGAGCAUCGGGAGGCCGCCCGCAUCAUCGCCGAGGCCUUCAAGACCAAGGACCGGGACUACGUGGACUUCCUGGUCACCGAGUUCAAUGUGCCGCUCUAGGGGCUGAGGCUUCAAGGCCUCCCACCGUGACCCGGCCCCAGGUCCCGGGCCCCUCUCCCUCCUGGCACUCGCAAGCUUCCUUGAGGGGCUGGGGCUGCAUGGCCAGGGUAGCAGGAAGACAUCCCUCAACUCCACCCUGGCCCACUGGACCAGAUCCAGGGGAAGACGAGAGCUGGCGAGGCAGACAGAAAGGUCAGGUCGGGCCCCCGUGCCAUGCCGGGUACACAGUAGGCGCUCAAAUCUGUGUGGGUUGUGGGAAGGGGAGAAAGAGAAGGGCUGAGCACCUGCAUCUUGGCACAUCCAACUGAAGCUACAGGGCCUGUUUCUCUGGGUUGGUGGGUGGUGCCCAGCCCAGCCCCGAUGCCUGAGCCUUUGUCAGGGUGGGGGGUCCCAUGAGAAUCUGUGGACCCAGGCCCCCGCCAGGGGGCAUCUCGCAAGCCCUUCAGUGCCACAAAUAAGCAUCAAGCACCCCCCACCCCAUCCCCCUGCCUCCUUAUCCCCCAUGGUAUGUAUUAUUUCCCUCCCUGCAACCCUGAGGGCCCCAGGGCCCCGUCUUCCCACUGCUCCCCAGCCCAUCCCAGAGGCCCUGCAGGUGACCAGCAGUAUCAGUGUAUUUAUAUACAGAGCUUAUGACUUUAAUUUUUCAAUAAAGAAAUCUGAACAAGGUUAGAA